UAUUCCGAAAUGGAAGAUAAAUAGGGUCAUGAUUAGUUGUGGAAGGGAAAAAACGAGAUAGCGAUAUGGCCUCUCUUGGAUUUUCGCUCUCAAAUGCCAGAUCAGUCUACCCACCGCUCAAAUUAGGGUUUCCUUCCAAACCUCAAAUCCCUUCCAUCUCCACUCUCAACUUCUCUUCCACCUUCAGAUGCAUAGGGUCUAGAAGAUUGCAAAUAAAUCAAAAGAAAUUGAGCGUUUCUGCUACAAACUCCAACUCUAGUGAUGGAAAAGCGUCUAAUGAAAAUGUAAAGGAAAGUAGCAAUGUUUCAAAGGGACCUCCUCUCCUUACUAUUUUGUUUGGUUUGUUGGUAUUUUACAUUGCUGUUCGGGUCAUUGGGUUCAUUGUAGUGUGGUUGGUAAGUUUGAUUGUUAAUGUGCCACCUCCAAAAUGAACAUGUUUGUUGCAAUGUCUUGUUGUAAUGUUUUGUUGUUUAUAUGUUAAACUGAUGUAUUAGUCCUUAUUGUUUUUCUUUGUUUA